AGAGGCUCUGUUGUGUCGCACAGUGAUGCCGUGUUCCUUCGUUUACUCGAUUUCUUGUCGGCUUUUCGGGUAAAAUGUCGACCUUUCGGCGCUGGAGGCGCUUUUUGUGAGAGGGAGUGAUGGAAGCGGCGCCGCUCGGCUCGUCGUGCCCGCGGAGAGAGGACUGAGAGCGGCUGCAGGAUGGUCCCCGUGCCGCUGCUGGUGUUCGUGAUGGCCGGGUGGUGCGUGGUGUACCUGACCGACACGCUGCUCCGGUCGUCAGUGACGCACCGGAUCAGCUACGAGUCGUGGCUCGCCAGCCGGGGCCUCAUGCUAUCUCCGUUCCACGUGCGGUGGCAGACCACCAUGUUCAACCGACUGUUCGCCUACUGCGCCCGCAUCAACCCCCGCGCCCUCUACCUGUGGUUCAGCAGCGGCCUGGUGUUCGGCGUGGCCGCCAUGCUGGGCUCGGUGCUGCUGCUGAUCCGGACGCUGCAGCAGACCUACGCCCAGAUGACCACCGACAACCCUCGGAUCGGAGGCCAGCAGGCGCUGCAGGUGGUGGUCCCCGGCUUCAACCUGCCCACCAGUCAGCUGGCCUACUUCUUCAUCGCGCUGCUGCUCAGCGGACUGGUGCACGAGCUGGGCCACGCCGUGGCGGCACUCAGGGAGCAGGUCCGUGUGAACGGCUUCGGGAUGUUCGUGUUCGUGGUGUACCCCGGCGCCUUCGUGGACCUCUUCACCACGCACCUCAACCUCAUCUCCCCCACCCAGCAGCUCCGCAUCUUCUGCGCCGGCGUUUGGCACAACUUCAUCUUGUGCCUGGUGGCGUUGGCGUUCCUCUUCCUGCUGCCCGUCUUCCUGUUUCCUGCCUACUCCACCGGAGGCGGCGCGCUGGUCACAGAGGUGGUGCAGGGCUCGGCAGCUGACGGGCCCCGGGGCCUGUCGGUCGGGGACAUCGUGACGGGGCUGGAGGACUGUCCCGUCAGCGGGGUGGAGGACUGGAGCAGCUGCCUGGCCCACCUCUCUCACACCCCGCAGACCGGGUACUGCGUCCCCGUGGCCGGCCUGCAGCCCAGCUGGGCUCACGGACGAGCUUUCAAGCGUCUGGAUGGAACCAUGGACUGCUGCAGCAACAACAGCCUCACCGACCUCUGCUUCUCCUACAUGAAGCCUCCGGGCCGAGGCAUCCGGGAGAGAGAGUUCGCCUGCAUGCCGGUGCGUAAGAUGGUGACGGGGACGCGGGCGUGCCGCGGGGACGAGGACUGCGCCGCGCACUCGCACGCCGCCAGCGUGUGCGUCACGCCGUCGCUGGAGAACCAGACGCGCUUCAUCCGCGUCACGCACCCGCCCAACACGCACAUGCUGUUCGUGGGUUACCCGCCUCACCUGCAGUACGCCGUGAGCCUCACCAACUUCGUGCCCCGCUUCGGUUUCCUGCACCUGGAUCUGCCCGUCUUCCUGGAAACCUUCUGCAAAUACCUGGUGUCCCUCUCCGGCGCUCUGGCCGUCGUCAACUCCGUGCCGUGCUUCGCCCUGGACGGCCAGUGGAUGCUGAACGCCCUGCUGGAGGCCACGCUGGUCACCGUGGUAACGGACCGCGGCAAGCGCGAGCUGAUCGGCUUCUUCCUGCUGCUGGCGGGCAGCGCCCUGCUGGCGGCCAACAUGGCGCUGGGCCUGUGGAUGGUGACGGCGCGGUAGCCGGAGGGGCCGGGAGCCGCGAGCGACGUGGACCAUCGAGCUGUGAACACCCGGGGAAACGCAGGGUUCCCGCUGACUGUUGCCCUCCGCGGCUAAAAGCAAACAACGCUCCUCCUCUCGCCGCGUUGCCGCCAUAUUUCCUGAAAGCACAUUUCCAAAACGAGUCGUGCCAAGACUGUUUACAAAGACCGCUCACGUUUCACUCUUUGUGAUGUUUUCAAAGAGCCAAAGCCCAUUUUUACCCGUUACUGCAUCAGGAAGUCCGUCUGAUUGAAAGACCAAAAAGAAAAAGAAAAAAAACUUCCAUAUUUUAUCACUUUACUGCCUGAUGUUCAAACGCCGGCUUCAAUUCAUUCAGUCAGAUUCAGUGUUGUUUCUCGUCUUCAGGCUUCUCUGUAAAAAAAAAAAAAAAACUUCUCUUUUGUGUGUUUUUAUCUUCUCUGUGUCUCACUGAUUAAAAUGUGGUUGUGAACGCUGAUUUGUCAAAACU